AUGGGCUCGGCUUAUGUUCCGCGGAGGAAAACUACGGGGCUGACGCCCGCCGACGAGGCUGCCUCGUCCAAGGCUGCUCUCGACAACCUGGAGCGACAAGGCUUCCAUGAGUGGCCAAACGAGGCCGGCGUAAGCACUUCUCUCCGCUUUCAAGUUCCCCGCCCCGACCGCGUGGCUGAACCGUCGUCCAGUUUUGACGGCCUGACCGAGCAGCGCGGCCCCAUCGAGCUCAAGGCCGAGGGCAACAUCCUAGCAUGGUGCAAGUUCGACAAGCUCGCCCACACCCAUAAGUUUGACAUCGUCGUCGAGGGGCCGAUAGUGCAUGUCUAUUACUCGUCUCGCCGCCAGUCCGACGAAGUUGCCGCUGACAUCAAGGCCGCGGGCACCUUGCGGUCCAUAUCGUUUGCCCAGAGGCUAGAUCCUUGCGUCGGUCUUUUUGGCAAGUUUAUGAGCGUCUUCGAGAAGCGUUCGGAUAUCCAUAACGUCGGCGUCACGAUCGGCGUCAACCUGCCUUCGUUCAAAUCUCCGCCAACCAAGCCAGACGUUGGCGUUGACGGCCACCGUGCCGCCAAUCUCGUCAUUGCAACAGACGCCGCCGUCCUGUGCGAGAUGGACCCUAGCACCAUGGAGCCCAUCAGCUUCCCAAACCACUCCAGGUUUCACCCGGACCUCAAAGGGUCCCUUGGGAGUGCCCACGCGAUGGCCGACCCGGACACGGGCGAUUAUAUCAAUUACAACCUCGACUUCGGCAAGCAGCCUGUGUACCGCGUCCUCAGCGUUAGUGCCUCUACCGGUAGGACCGAUAUCCUUGCGACCAUACCGUACAAGGCCAUAUACGAGGGCAACCUGAGGGACUCGUUCAAGCCCUUCGACGGCGUCGUGACCGAGCUCGCCUCGCCGGCCUGCUUCUUCUUCCACACUGUCAACGCCUUCGAGGAUGACGACAGUGAUGUCUUUUGCGAGCUUGUCCAGUUCCCGAACCGAUACAUCCUCGAUGGGUUAUACUACGACGUCAUCCUCGACCGCAACGGCAAGGCCAGCGAGUUCUGGACCGACAGCCAGCUAGUCCAGAAAUGUUUUCCGCGGCUCGUGAGGUGCCGCCUGCGUAAGAGGGACUUUGCCACCAGCGCCGCCUCCGCCGCGGGGCCUCCCGCCCCCGAGCUAGUCAUAAGGAUCUCAUCGCCGCAUGCAGGCGACCUGCCCGUCAUCAAUCCCAAGUACCGGUGCAAAAAGCACCGCUACACGUACAUGGUCGUCUCGCGCAUCUUGAGCACCAUGCUCGAUGCCAUCGUCAAGAUCGACAUCGGAACGCGCGAGCUGCUGCAGUGGGAGGGCCCCAAAGGCCACACCCCCGGGGAAGCCAUCUUCGUCCCCCGCCCUGCUGCUAACGGGGAGGCGUUGGAGGAGGACGACGGUGUGCUGCUAAGCGUCGUCCUCGAUGGCGCCAACAGGACCAGCUACCUACUAUGCUUGGAUGCCAAGACCAUGACGGACCUGGGACGCGCCGAGUGCGAGUUUGGCGUCGCGAUUGGACUGCAUGGCUGCCAUGUACCGGCUGCUGGCAUGAGCUGACAAGGAGGGAGACGAAACGGUGUUCCUUGCUGUUUUAGGGAGCUGGUUACGGAUUCCGAAUGUCAUAGUGAAGAAAUGAACUCAGG